AUGUGGUAACUUUUUGAACAGAUGUGUUAGCUAGCAGGCUAGCAAGAAAAGAAAAGAAAAAAAGAAAAGAAAGAAAGAAAGCACAGACGAGAUGAGCGCCGGAGAGCACCACAAAGCGGCGUCAGUGUCAGUGUCAGGGUUAGUGCUGGUGUUGGUGAGGUCAGAGAAAAGCAGAGAGUGCUGACAGUUCCGAGUUCGGAUGUUGUUAGCAUGUUAGCGCGCAGUUAGCAGGCUAACGCUAGCUGAGGGAGCAGUCCGAGCCGCCAUGGUGUCCGAGUCGCUGCAGUGGCUGUGUCUGCUGACGCUCUUCCUCGCCUCGGUGGUCACUUUAAUCAUCUAUUUAGUGCAGUAUUUCGGUGUUUUCCGGAGCAGGAGCGGGACUCGGGCCGGAGGAGGGGAGUGUGAGGAGGCGGACCGGCUGCUGAGCUGGCUGCUGGAGCUGAAGAGCUGGAGGACGGAGUGGAGGAGAGCCUGGAUCCGAGCCCUGAACCAGAACCAGAACCACUGCUGCAGCGCACAGGGAGCGAUCCAGCUGGUGUUUGAGGAGGAUGGUGUUCAGUCGUCAGAACUCAGCGUCCAUCACGUCUCCAGCUUUAAGAGAUCACCUGGACGGAAGGAUGUGCAGUGUGAGGUGAUCGGAGACAGGCUGCAGUUUUCUCUCAGCGCGUGUCUGAACUCGGGCUCUUCUCUGAGAUACAGCGUAAAAAUCUCACCGCUACAGCUGCAGCUGGCCCUGCAGAUGACAGAGGUGGAUGGAGAAGUUCAGAUUACGUGGGGACUGGAACAUCUGGACCUGACACAGAUGCAGCUCACACCCAGUUACACACCGGGCGGGUCGGUGUGUGUGAGUGAAGCAGCAGUGAAGAGCAGGCUGCAGCAGGUUCUGUGUGAAACGCGAGCCUCAGUGACUUUGAGCAGCCGGACAGCGCAGCCUGCAGAGCUGAAGGAAGUGAGGAACAGGAUUUCGGAGGUCUCCUCUCCCCCCAAACCCCCUCGCGCUCACCAGUGGAAACUCUUAGUGAAGAACAUCCGGGUCACGUACAGCCAGGAGGACGGAGCUGCAGGCAGUGGAAGUCCUCAGUGUGUUCUGCAGUUAGAUGAUCCUCCUCAGAAGAUGGCCACCUCAGUGCUGAAUGACGCGAGCGACCCGGUCUGGGAUCAGCCCUUUAUCUUUGAACUCAGCGGCAAGUCGAAGGUGCUGAACAUCCAGCUGCUGGAUCAUGGGAAACCUCCAGAGAGCUGCGUGCUCGGGGAGGUGUGUGUGCCGUUUAAUCUGGUGACGAGGAGCCCGAGAGGACAGCACACUUUCACACUGAUGAACACACACCAAGUAAUCGGAUCACUGACUACUGAGUUGUCCUACCUGGAGCCGAGUGAAGUGCGCACUUGGCAGCCUCCUACUCCGGCGCCUGCCAAACGAGUGGAGAUGGACCGAACCGUGAUGCCGUGCGGAACCGUCGUCACCACCGUCACUGCGGUGAGGAGCAGACCGGGUCGCCCUCUUCCUACAGAAUCGAUGAAACCUCCACCCAAAGCCAAGCUGACGGAGAGGCGGGUGUCUGAACAGCCCUCAGUGCUGGGAGCUAAAGUCAGCAAAGCCUUAUCUGCAUCAGAUACAGAGCUGCUGAUGCUGAACGGAACCGACCCGGUGGCCGAGGCUGCGAUCAGACAGCUGUACGAAUCGGCUAAGCAGAAACUCAAAUCUCCCGUCAAAAAGAGCACCAUCAUCAUCUCUGGAGUGGCAAAGGCGCCGCUGUCUCAGGAUGAGAUGAGUCUGAUGUCCGACUACGCUUCUACGAUGGACGCCUCCAUGGCCGAAUCGCCGGAGUGCACGAGGCAGGAAACGGAGACGCUCUCUGAGCACUGCGUCUCGGACACGACCGAUCCAUUGGAGGGUCCGAGCGGAGCGGACUGGGAGAGUCAGACUGGAGAGGAAUCGGACAAAGCCUCGCUCUCUCUCUGCGUCUCCGAAACCAGAUCCAAAAAGGGGAAAGGCAGCUUCCUCCAUAAAGGCGCCCGGCUGUUUUUCCGGCGCCGGCAGCAGAGGAAGGAGCCGGGGAUGAGUCAGUCCCAUAACGACCUGCAGUACCUGGAGCAGGCCGAGGAGCGACGCACAGCCACCUUCAAGCGUAUCAUCAACCGCAAACUGCUGCACAAACACAAGAGCAAAGCCAACGGCGUCCAGACGUCAGAGCUCCAUCAGCCUCACUAACACCCUCACACACACACACACACACACACACACACGCCCUCACUAACACCCUCUCACACACACACACACACCCUCACAUACACACACAAACACACAAACACAAGAGCAAAGCCAACGGCGUCCAGACGUCAGAGCUCCAUCAGCCUCACUAACAACCUCACACACACACACACACACCCCCUCACACACACACACACACACGCCCUCACUAACAACCUCACACACACACACACACACACACACACACACUCACACACACACACACGCGCCCUCACUAACACCCUCACACACAAACUCUCUCACACACACCCUCACACACACACACACACACACACACACACACAAACACAAGAGCAAAGCCAACGGCGUCCAGACGUCAGAGCUCCAUCAGCCUCACUAACACCCACACACACACACGCACACACACACGCCCUCACACACACCCGCGCCCUCACUAACACCCACACACACACCCACGCCCUCACUAACAUCCUCACACACCCUCGCUAACACCCUCACACACACACCUGCGCCCUCACACACACAAACGCACGCCCUCGCUAACACCCUCACACACAUUCUCACACACACACUCGCGCUGUCUCCGAAAUUACACUUAAAUUCCAAGGACAAAGCGGUAUUCUAAUACUAAUCCAAUAGACACGCUAAUCCUCACGCUAAUCCUCACGCUAAUCCUCACGCUAAUCCUCACAACCUGCUGGUCAGAAGGACGUCCGCGAUACGUAACGAAGUCACACGCUACAGGUGGGACGAUAUAUCGGGAUGACGAUGUACCGCGAUGAGGAAUCUGAAACUGUUAUAUCGUUACGCUCCAGCUUCAUAUCCAUCCACAGCUGAUAUUAAUGCUCGAACUCUGGAUAAAGUGAUGAUGAUGAUGAUGCGAAAACUAAUCCUGCGUGCUAACGUGUAUUAUAACCUGCACACACACACGUGGCCUUUCUGUUAAAGAUGGCUGCCUCUAACUGUAAAGAAGCUGAAUGCUAUAUAUGUAUGUGUGUGUGUGUUUAUCUUUUUGGGAAAAUAAGAUUUUGGGAAACAGAACCUGAGAAUGAAACGUGCCGCUUUUUAUCUUUUUAUUUUUUACUGAAAAUAAUGCAGAGUCUAAAAUAGAUCGAAUUCCGACCGUCACGUUUAAUGACUUCGUAUUUAGACGACAAAUCAAAGCCGCGCCUCGCUUCGUCUCGCUCUGCGUUCACGCCAGCAACUCGAUGAUGUCACUUCCGGGUCGUCUCCUGUGGGCGUGGCCUGUCCUGUCGAGUCGAGUUCUGAUUAUAAAUAAUAGAAGCCAUGUACAGAACACGUACAGAAUCUACUCUAUGAUUUAUACACGUCUCAGUGUUACGGGUGAUUAAAAUGGGCGUGGGCUAUAGAGCAAGAAAUUUCUCCAGAAUUAUUGGCACCUUCUUCAUGAUGAUGAUGAUGAUGAUGAUGAUACAAAAUGAAUAUUAUAGUCAAUAAUUCAGGUUCAGUUUCAAUGCUGUUAUUCCCUCCAUGAGAGGCUUCACUAAAUAUUAUUUGUAAUUGUGCCAAUAAUUAUAAACAAACAGUGUUACACACUUUAUUUAUAAACUCAAAAUAAUAUUGAUUGCAUGUUCUUGUUUUAUUUUUUUAUAUAUAGAUUUCUAUAAAAUUUUCUCAUUUUGAUCAAGGGUGCCAAUAAUUUUGGAGGACACUUUUUUUUCUUCCUAACAGACCUCAAAAAAAAAAAAAACAGCCAUAUUAUGGAAAAAUUUGAUAGAAUGUUGAAUAAAAUGAAAGUAUUUCAUGUGAUAAAUGAGGGAAGGUUCACACAGCGUGGGAAUAAAACGCUCCGAAACCUGACGAUAUCCGCGGAAAAGUGUAUCGCAGUAUCGUUAUCACAUCAUCGUUAUCGCACUGCCAAGCUUUAGAUUAGAGUUAAAAUGAAGUUAUAAUAAAGAGUGAAUUAUUGAUCGUCCCUCCCACUCCACACGAUUGGUCGAGGCGUUCGCAGCAGCAGCCAAUCAGGUGGAUGAUUAGCUUUACUGUGUCAUAACUCAUUUACAUAAAAUUAAUUAAUCACCUGCUGGUGUGAACUCAGUGACUUUGUUUAUUCGAGUCACGGUGGAUUUUUUUUGGAGUUUUAUCCGUUAGUUUUUUCAUCAUAUCAUUGAAUCCAUAUAUUCAGAUUAAAAUUAAUGAUACGUUGGAAUUAAUAAUAAUAAUAAUAAUAAUAAUGUGACAUGGUGUAAACUUCUCCACGAGGCGACUCUGCAUAAAUUAAUAAUAAAUAUCUGAAGAUUGUUUAUCAGUAAUAUUUUAAAUGUUAAUUAUAAUAAUAAUAACACACACACACACACACAUUUCAGCGGCAUGUAUUUGGUCUCUUAGAGCAUUAUGAUGCUUCUACAGAAAAGGGAAACUGUUUUACGGUGUGUGUGUGUGUGAGAGUGUGUGUGUGUGUGUGUGUGUGUGUGUGUGUGUGUGUGUGUGUGUGUGUGUGUGAGUGUGAAUACAGCAGGAAGGAAGACAGAUGGUGUGUUGUGUGAAACAGUUGAGAUGUGCCACAUGGGAAUUUGAUGACAAAGUUCUUAUAUGAACUUUAGUUUUGCUUAUUUUACCUUUUUUCUUUUUUUUAUUAAUUUUUUUUAAUAUAUAAAUAUAAAAUCCUAAUCUGAGUAAAUCUGUAAAUCUACCAAUCAGUUUGAAUAUUGUUUAAUGAAUAUAGGACAGUGUGUGUGUGUGUGUGUGUGUGUGUGUGUGUGUGUGUGUUAAAGAGAGAGAGAGAGAUCUUUGGUUAUAAGUUUUGGGUUGUUGUUAUUGUUGUUGUUGUUUUUUUUCAGUAAACACACACACACACACACACACACACACACAGAUGGUCGGUGCAGGCUUUCCUGCGUUGUGUGUGUGUGUGUAUGUGUGUGUGAAUUUUAACCAAAGUGUUUAAACACUACAGGAGGGCAUUAACGAGAGCUUUAAUCACGCUCAGUGAUGUCACAAUGUCAUUUCAUUGAUUUGUUUGUUUGUUUGUUUGUUUGUUUUUUGAUCACAUGACCUGUACUGCGUUUGUGUUGUUUGUCUCUGAGGGGUUUAAUGAUCCACUUCCCACUGAUGAUAAUCCCACAUUCCUUCAUUCUGAGAGUGUGUGAUGUUACGCACUGUUUGUAUUUGUUUGUUUGUAGUUACAUGACCAGCUGAUUGUGUGUGUGUGUGUGUGUGCGUGUGUGUGUUUGCGCGCGUGUGUGUGUGUGUGUGUGUGCGUGUGAGUCAGAUGUUUAGAUAAUCAGCGUCCUGAUCCACAUUUCCUCCUUUAUCCAAAUCAUUAUAUUUGACGGAGAGCUUUAACUCGAGUGUGUGAUGUCUCAGGCUGUGGUUUGGCCCGAGUGUGUGUGUGUGUGUGUGUGUGUGUGUGUGUGUGUGUGUUUAGUCACAUGACCUGCAGAUCUACAGUUAAUAUCCUGUACAGUCAGUGCUUCAUAAUGAUGCAUCCUCUUUAUCUCACGCCAAAAAUAAAACAUCUGAGGUUUGACUUUCACCCCAAACUAGCGUAUCAGUCGAGACAUGUUCAGUGUGUAUGUGUGUGUGUGUAUGUGUGUGUGUAUGUGUGUGUGUAUGUGUGUGUGUAUGUGUGUGUGAGUGUGAGAGACGUUUACACGGCUGACGUAACCUGCAGUUUAUCAUGGUGCACCUAAAUUAGUAACACUAUUUGUACAUAAACACUUCAAUCAGACAGAAUAGAUGUGUGUUAGAGCGACACACACGCUGGAAACGUCUCUCCGAGUGCGUGUGUGUGAACCUGAACGAUUCGGGAAGGUGAUGAUAGUUUCCGAGAUCUCGGAUGUCGUGUGUUAUUCGCAGCGUGUUCCCUACGCAGCGCGCUGUUGUCGUUACACGUCUGGAUGUAAUCUAGUGCACUCCUGAAAUCCCACAAUGCACUGCAACUCAUUCAUGUCUACACCGCACUCGUAAGCAUUAGGGAAGAAGGUCACGUGAUCAGUCGGUCAGUUUAUCGUCUUUGUGAAUAGACCCUCUCGAAGUCUUGCCACACUUCAGUGUGAUGCUGAUGGACAUCGCCGUGGUAACCGUGCAGCGUUCCCGGCGUCGUGUGAGCGCUGUAUCUGUGUGUUUAAUCCUUUACUGUGACCUUCAACUUUAUGAGCUCUGCACACAGGAACCAAAAUUAACACGUGGAACAGGAAGUGAUGCGAUGGACCUUAGUGUAGCCGUGAACUUAAUGAGCUUCAUGCGUUUACUGCAAAUGUAUCGUGUGUGUGUGUGUGUGUGUGUAUGUGUGUAUGUGUGCGGAAGAGACUACUGGUGUUUCAAGUUUGUUUGCACUGGACUCUGUGUGUGUGUGUGUGUGUGUGUGUGUACGCUAUGCAGGGAUCGUAUAUGAUUAACAUAUCAGGUUUAUCAUUUCAAGCAAUAAAUGCUGACUGAUUAACAACAAA